AUGACCUUGGCUCUAGCAGGCAGCCCGCUGGUGGGCCGAAACGUCAAGCGUGGUGGCAAGUCGCCUAAGCACGCCUCUUCACCAGGGUCUUCGGGGACAAAGGGCGCCGCCCUCGCCUUGGAGACAAACGAGAGCAAGAUCGUCUUAGACAGGCUGGGGAAGGAGAUAGUCACCCUGCUCCAAGCAGGGGGCUCCAAGAAAGACGCGGCCAGGCGGCGUCUCAGGAUGGGCAUCAACGAGGUCACCAAGUUCCUGGAGUCCAAAGCCGCCGCCGCCGCUGCUCCUCCGAAGACUCCCUCCUCUGCCUCACGCGGAAGCUCGAUCAACCGGCAAGGCAUCUCGAAAGCGUCCGGGAAGUGCGACAGCGCGCAGGCCGGGGCGGGGGCGGAGGUGGGGGCAAGGGCAAGUCUUGUCGCACCCGCGCCUCCUCACACCCCACCGGCGAUCGUGCUCAUCUGCAGGGAUGUGAGGCCCGCGAGGCUGGUGGAGCACGUCCACGCCUUGGUUGUUCUAACCGCAACCCCUUUCCUAGUUUUGUCGGAGCCAAGCAGCAGCCUCGGGGGGGUGUUCGGCUGCAAAACCAUGGCAGCUCUAGCCAUCUGCCCCGCCCGAACCCCACGGCCGGCGCAGACUUCGUCUAUUUCGCCGCCGCCGAGCUCUUCGACGGGUACCCCCGGGGAGGAGAAGGGCGAAGAAGAAGAACACAAGCCCCCCCCAAGAGCGCGAGGAGCUACAGCGGCGACGGGCGAGGGAGAGGGAGAGGAGAAAGAUGUGGAGGGGAGAGAGGGCUGCAGUGGGGGAGGGGAAGAGGAGGGAGAGGAGAGGGAGGGCUGCAGGGGGGGGGGGCGGGGGAGAGAAGAGGGGAGAGAGGGAGAGGGGCGGCGGGACGGGGGGGGAGAGGUAACAGUCUCGGACGAUCGGGUCGCUGUGGACGAAGACGUGGACUCCUUCGUCGAGUUUCUCAGAAGAAAAGUUCGGACCCCAUCUUCGUAG